AUGAUUUGUAAGAUUUAUAAGAAAAGCAAUGCAAGGGCCCUGAGCCUCUUGUUAAUUCUGAAGAUGGGCAAGAAAAAGGGCAUGUCUGCUAGCGUGAAGCGCCAAAGAGACAAGCUACGAAAGAGAGAGAUGAGGCAGCGGCAGCUCCUUUCAUCCACAGAUGAUCCACAAGAUGGUUCGAUGCUCGAGUCUGCUGUCCCCUGCGGGACAGUAGAAGGAGCUGUUUCAGCUCCCCCUGGUAAUUUUCCAGGGCAAGGUUCUAUAGGGUUUCCGCCUAUUGAGGAAAAACCCUUGGCCAGAAUGCAGGCCUCUCUUCGCGAGAAAAUGCAUUCAAAUGCCCUGAGUAUCGCAUCCUCUCAGGGAAGUCGUCUGUGUGCCCGAAACGGAGGCAUGGCACCGUCCCCUGACUCCCCACCGUGGGUUUGUACUCCACCGAGAGUACCUGAGCCGGACACCGUGCACGUGUCUGGCUCAGCAGGUCAGGCGCAGCUGGAUAUGUCAUCCUCUCAGGGGGAUGAGUCCAGCAGGAUACUAAAAGAUGCAAUGGAUUUUGAAACGGAUUUUAAAACGGAUUUUAAAACGGAUAUUGAAACGGAUAUUGAAAUGAAUAUUGAAACAAAUAUGAGAAUGGAUACUGAUACAAAUAUGAGAAUGAAUACUGAUACAAAUAUGAGAAUGGAUACUGAUACAAAUAUGAGAACAAAUACUGAUACAAAUAUGAGAAUGGAUACUGAUACAAAUAUGAGAAUGGAUACUGAUACAAAUGUGAAAAUGAAUACUGAUGAAAAUAUGAAAAUGAAUACUGAAAGAAAUGUCAUAAAUGUCCAAGAACAAAAUGAGUGCAUAAAUGAUGACUAUAUUGAAAAUGACUCAAGUUUCAGAUUUGAGAGACAAUACACUGGCAAAUUGAUUGAUGCUGAAUUUCCAAGUGCAAGUGAAAGCAGACAACAAGCAGACAUCAAGAAAUCUAUCCAAGGUUCUUUUCAUCAGGGUAACUUAAUGUUUGGUGAGAAUGCGGGUACACAGUGUGUAGCAAACUCCUUAGUAGCUUUAGCAUACCAUAAGUUAAAGAAUUCUAAACACUGGCAAGCAACAGAUAUGGACAAUGUGUUGGUAAUGGGGGAUGAGUUGUACACUUUCUUGCAGCGUAGUUCUUGUGUAAAUAGCAGAUACCUUUUGGUUAAUGAGUUACCACAGUUUUUUGAAUGCUUUAAUACAGUGUAUGAGUUGAAAGCAGAUGAAUCGUUAUGCAGUUUGAUAAAUUUAUCAGAUACUGAACCAAACUAUGAUGACUUUCAUGCAUAUUUCCUUUUAGAUGCUUUGCAUAUUGCCCUAUCUGAAACUGAUGGAUGUUUUGUGUGUUUUAGGGGAAAUACUUUUUUGAUUGGGAAAACGAAUGAUCAAUUUUUCACGUUUGAUUCUCACUCCAGGACUGCUGAAGGAUAUAUGAGUGUGAAUGGAUGCAGUACAAGGAUACUUCAUGAAUCAAUUGAAGAUGUUUACAACCAUGUUCUUUCAUUAGCACUGUCAAUGGGAUAUUCUGAAAUGAUUGACUGUGAAAUAACAGGUGUGAAAUGUUCUAUUAGGAAAAUUGAGGCAGAUAAGAAACAAAAUGGUAUGCAUUCUAGUUCAAAUCUUCAAUUAGUCCCUGAUGAUGAUGUUGAAGUUGUUUCAACAGAAAGUCACAAAAUUAGCUUUAGGCCACUCUCUGCUGAUAAGAAAAUUGAUCUUUGUGAAACUUUAGGGAUAUCAUUGUCAAAUUAUGAAGAAGUGAGGGAACCAACCGUCUUUAUCCAGGAAGCAGAAGGACCUGAAAAUUGUAGUGGAAAGAAAGUUAAAGGUUUUUGUGGCGUUGAUAAGAAAUUGAGAGCAGCAAAACUAAAGUACUGGACAGAUCGAGCAUUUAGAUUAAGAGCAAUAUCACAGAGAAAAGAAAGAUACAGAAGUAAUGAAGUCUACAAUGCAAAAGAAACUGUGAAACAAAAAAGUGCAGAAAAGUAUAAGAAAGACCAAAUACAUAGAGCAGAUGUUAAAAAAAGAAGUACAGAAAAGUACAAGAAAGAUGAAGAACAUCGAGCAGAUGUUAAAAGAAGAAGUACAGACAAGUACAAGAAAGAUGGAGAACAUCGAGCAGACGUUAAAAGAAGAAGUACAGACAAGUACAAGAAAGAUGGAAAACAUCGAGCAGACGUUAAAAGAAGAAGUACAGACAAGUACAAGAAAGAUGAAGAUCAUAGGUAUAUGCUGAAGGCAGCUAGUAAGGUAAAAUACCACUGUAGUGCUGAUGGAAAGAAACGCAAGAAGGAAAAUGUGCUUAAACAGAGACAAGCAAUGAAAGUGAAGCUAGAGGAUGAAGAUGAAGUUGUCAAAUUAUUUAAGGAAAAUGUAAGGAAUGGGCCAGAAUACACUUGUUGCUGUUGUCAUCGUUUAUUGUUUGAAAAUCAAGUUCAAGGAUGUACAUUUGAAAUGUAUGAGAAAAACCAGAAAGCAAUGGAAAUUGCAAAGAUAUGCAUCAAUAACACAUAUGUUCAUGAGUGCACAAUGUCUUGUUCAACGCAAUGCAAAAAAUCAUCAUUAUGGAUCUGUUUUACAUGUCAUAGGAAAAUACUUAGUGGUAAAAUUCCAGGAGAAGCAGCUGCAAAUAAAAUGACUCUUGAAGAAAUUCCACAUCAACUAAGUAAUUUAAACAGUUUAGAGCAACAUCUCAUUGCUUUACAUAUUCCCUUUAUGAAAGUGAUGUCUCUCCCACAAGGUGGUCAAAGAAAUGUACAUGGGCCUGUUGUAUGUGUACCUUCAAACAUGAGAAAAGCAACAAGCUUACCGCGAAAUGAAAGUGAAAAUAUGUUGCUACGUGUGAAGCUGAAACGGAAGUUAUCUUAUAAGGGUUACUUUGAAUAUCAGUUUGUGAAUUCAGAACAUAUACAUACAGCACUGGACUACUUGAAGAAAAACAACAGAUGGUAUCAAGAUGUUGUGAUCAAUUGUACAUGGAAACAAAACUGUGAGGAAGGUGAUUUGAUUUUGAAUGGUUCUAAUGAAUGUGAAGAAGAGGAAUUAAGAUCGGAACAGACAGAAAGUCAAGAGGUGGUUUCAGACACAUGCUUACAACCUGUGGAUAUUGCACAAGAGGUCCUUGAUCACUACUUUGAUGAUGUUUACAAUAUAGCUCCAGGGGAAGGACAAAAUCCUGUACGUAUGUUGCAAGAAGAAGGGAAUGAAGCAAAGACAUUUCCACAUUUAUUUCCAAGCGGAAAUUUUUCUUGGAAUGAAAAUAGAGAGGAAAAGAUAACCCUUGCCAGAUAUUUUAACAACAGACUUAUGAACACUGAUAAUAGAUUUGCAAAAGACACAAAUUACAUCUUCUUCUCACAGUACAUGUCUGAAUUAAACCAAGUGAUUGAGAAAACACAAAUUUCAGUGCGCAAGUCAGUAUCACAACUUAAUGGUGGAAAAUCUGUAACAUCAGAUAUGUUGCAAGACCCAGAAGUACUCUCUAAUCUGCUGAGGAACAAUGAGGCUUUAAGGUUUAUGCAGCCAAUUCGAGGAACACCUGCAUACUGGUCAGCAACACAGAAAGACUUAUUUGCUAUGCUUCGACAACUUGGUAUUCCUACAUGGUUCUGCUCUUUUUCUGCAGCUGAAUUCAGGUGGAAUGAUAUUGUGGGAUCAAUAUUACGUCAUGAAAAUGAUACAACAGACCCUUCUGAUUUAGACUGGGCAGAAAAAAGUGAAAUUUUGAGAAAAAAUCCAGUGACCGUAGCCAGAAUGUUUGAAAAUAGAUUCCAUAUUUUCCAGAGGGAUGUAAUAUUGUCUCCAUCAAACCCAAUAGGAAAUGUCAUUGAUUAUUUUAUCAGAGUUGAAUUUCAGCAAAGAGGUUCCCCACACAUGCAUUGCUUGUACUGGGUUGAAAAUGCACCGAAAUUCAACAUAGAUAGCGAUGAGACAGUUUGUGAUUUUAUUGAUAGGUAUGUCACAUGUGCUUUGCCUACUGAUAAUGAGAACCCAGAACUUCGACAAAUCGUCUUAGCUGUACAACAACAUAGCAAGAGUCACUCAAAGUCAUGCAGAAAAAAAGGAACAGAGUGCAGAUUCAAUUUUCCAAGACCACCAUCAGAGAAAACCUUUAUAACAAAACAAUGUGAGGAAGAGGAUGACAUUUCUGAUGAUGAUGGGAUAUUGAACAAAUCUCAGGCAAAGGAUAUUUUGUUGAGUGUUUGGAAUGAAGUAUUGGAUGAUGUGAAUGCACUUAAGACAACUGAAGAAAUAUUCAGCAACAUCCACCUUACACAAGACGUAUAUGAGAUAGCACACAAGUUGUUGUCGACAAGAACAAGUACCAUAUUAAGAAGAAAUCCUAAUGAAAUGUGGACAAAUCAGUACAAUCCAUGCCUUCUCAGAUGUUGGGAUGCAAACAUGGACAUACAAUAUGUUCUAGACCCCUUUAGCUGCAUCGUGUACAUUAUAUCAUAUAUAUCAAAGUCAGAAAGAGAAAUGGGAAUGCUUUUAAAGCAAACACAAGUAGAGGCAAUAGAAGGCAAUUUAAGUGCCCGUCAAACAAUGAGAACAAUAGGAUCAGCAUAUCUUAAUCAGAGGGAGGUCAGUGCCCAAGAAGCAGUUUACAGAGUCUGUAAUCUGAGAAUGAAGGAGAGUUCAAGGAAAGUGGUUUUUGUUCCUGUUGGUGAAAAUCCCACUCGUUUAAGUAAACCUCUUUCUCAAAUGCAAAACAAAGAGAGAAAGGAGUGCAAUGAUGAAAACUUUGAAUGUGAUGAUGAUGAAGACAUAUGGAUGACAAAUAUUGUAGAGAGGUAUGAAAAUCGUCCUGACUUACAUUUGUUUGAUAAAAUGUGUCUUGCAGAAUUUUGUUCCUAUUAUAGAGUGCUUGCUAAAUCUCAGAUUCCUAAAGGAGAAAAUGAAAAUGUUUAUGAAUUGAAGAAUGGAAAAGGGUACAUUCAAAAAAGAACAAGGGGAAAACCAGCUGUUAUCAGAUAUCCUAGAUUCAAUCCAGAAAACACACCAGAAAAAUAUUAUCAAUCAGUAUUGCAGCUUUUUCUUCCAUAUGUCACACAAGAUCAACUGAAACCACCUGGAUUUGAAUUUUACCAGACAUUUUUUGAAACUGGAUUUGUGAGGCUGAAAUCUGAGAUUCGUUUACAACCAGUAAAAACUUUGGUGGAAGGUAAUCAGUCCAAAUUCUCAAAAAAUGAAGAUGCUAUUGAUAAUGCUCAAGAGGUUUUUGAACUUUAUGGUGAACCUGAGGAUGCGUGGGCAAAACUUUGUCCUGAAACAGAAAUGAAUAGAAAGGAGUGUUUAGAUGAAAAAAAGGCGACUGAGAAAUUAGAAGAUAAAAAACCAGAAGUCACUCAUGAAAUUGAAAACAAUUCUUCAGACUUGUUGUAUCACAUUACAGAGAAUUCCAAUUCAAGGCAAGAAAUGCUUCCGCUUUUGAGAAGAUUAAAUGAAAAACAAAAGGAGGUCUUUUACAUAGUUCGUGACUGGUGCUUGAAGAAAGUUAAUGGAGAGAAUAUGGAACCAUUGCAUAUCUUUGUCACAGGGGGUGCUGGAACAGGAAAAAGCCAUUUGAUCAAGGUUAUACAUUAUGAAGCUUCUCGUAUUCUUGAAAAAUUACUUUCAUCUCCAGAUGAUGUAUCUGUUCUUCUCACAUCUUUUACUGGCACCGCUGCAUUUAAUAUACGGGGCAAUACACUUCACCAUGCUUUUUCUUUGCCAAUAGCUCUACGAAUUCCAUAUGAACCUCUGAAUGAGCAAAACUUGAGUGCAAUAAGAUCCAAGUUAGAAAAAUUGCAGAUCUUGGUCAUUGAUGAAAUAUCUAUGGUUCACAAGAGGCUUUUGUAUUAUAUUCAUGAGCGUCUUGUUCAAAUUAAGAAGUGUAAAGAACCAUUUGGUGGUGUAUCUAUCUUAGCAGUUGGAGAUUUCUACCAACUUCCUCCAGUAAAGCAACGAAAAGCAGAGAGAUUGUAUAAUGAAAAUGAAGAAUACCCAGUAGACUAUUGGUUAGACUUUUUCAAAAUGGUAGAGUUGGACGAAAUAAUGAGACAACGAGAAGAUGCAAACUUUGCUUCAAUUUUGAAUUCGUUACGAAUUCGGACAAUAGAAGAACCCCUGUCACAAAAGGCUAAAGUGAUGCUUUCAGAGUGUAUAAGAGAUGGGCCAGAGGACGUUCUGCAUGUAUAUCCCACAAACGAAGAAGCAAAUGAACAUAACCUCAAGAUUUUGAAGGAAAAGUGUGGAGAUUUAAUUGAAGUAAAUGCUGAAGAUUAUCAAAAAGAUAGAACGACAGGUAAGCUCACAUUACGUGAAAAACCUUUCAUUAGGACAAGAACAGAUGGAUUAUCCUCUUCCCUGCUCAUUUCUGUGAAUGCUAGGGUGAUGCUUACAAGAAACAUAAAUGUGGAUGAUGGACUUGUUAAUGGUGCGAUGGGACACAUUUCUUCUAUUGAGUUUGGAAAAGGUGAGCAGAGAAAUAGAGUGGAAGGAAUUGGUGUGAUAUUUGAUAGCAAAGAUACUGGAAGGAAGGAAGGAAAGUUUACGCCGCAAGGACAUCUAGUCUAUAUUCAAAGAGUACAAGAAGACAUCAGAGAAAAAAACACGAAAAAUGUAGUUAGACGUCAAUUUCCUUUAAAAUUAUCAUGGGCUUGUACAGCACAUAAAGUUCAAGGAAUGACAACCAACAGUGUUGUAGUUAAUUUAGAUAGAACAUUUGCUCCAGGACAGGCAUAUGUAGCUAUUAGUAGAGUCACUUCUCAGAAUGGCUUAUUCAUUGAGACAAGUAAUGAAAAUGCAUUACAGAAGAAAAUUUAUGCUGAUCAAGAUGUGAAAUCUGCCCUGAGUAAAAUGCAGAAAUUAAUAUCAAACCAAAAUGAUGCAAAUAUGAUCAACUCUGAUAAUCACAAAACAAUCAUUUUAUUCAAUGUGCAGAGUUUAAGAGGUCAUUUUCAAGACCUUCAAUGUGACAGCAGAUUUCUGAAUACAAACUUUAUAUGUUUGACAGAGACAUGGUUGAAAGGCAGUGAGAAUGUGAAAGAUUUUGAAAUUCAAAACUUUGAAUUUUGCCAUGUUACAAGGGAACAAUCUUAUGAUGAAAGUGUGGACAAUUUUGUCAAGCUUUGCAAAUCCAAAGGAGGUGGUGUUGGAAUGUACAAGAAGAAAAAUGAAAAAACUUUGAUUCACGAGUUACCACAAAAAAAUAUAGAAGGAAUGGCAGUAGAACUAUGUGAGGAAAACACUGUACUUAUAAUUAUUUAUCGACCAAGUCAACUAAGUGUAAGAGUUUUUCUCGAUGGCCUCCAAAAAGUUUUGGAUUAUUUCAAAGAACAGUUUUCCAAAUGUAUUAUACUGGGUGACUUUAAUGAAGAUGCAAAAUGCAAAGGACCUAUACAAGAAUUGAUAGAGUCUAAAGGAUUUCAGCAAAAAGUUAAUUUUUCAACUACAGAGGGUGGUACAAUUUUGGAUCAUGUUUAUGUUCCAGAACUCAUUCAAGCUGAU